AGCACUACUGCGGGGAGGAGGGUGCAGCAGCAGUUAGCCAAGGCUGCUGUCAACAGGCAGCCACUAUCAAUCACCUGGGCUCUUUGCUCCUCACCUCUCUGUGAGAGAAGUGGGAGAGAGACAGAGAGGGAGGGAAUCUGUAAGAGAAGACAAUGGCGUGGAAUCAGUAUCCCUGGCCUUUUUGUGCGUUUGUGAGGACUGUUGGAAUCUUGUUGCCUUUUUCUCUUUCAUCUGUAGUCUCCCAGUUAGUAGAGCCAACUACCAGUCCUCCAAAGAAGAAACCAGAUCCCGUUACUUCAGAGACCGUUGUUUUCUGGGGGCUAAGGCUCUGGCAGGUGAUAGGUGUAUUUGCAAUGUUUGCACUAGCAGUGAUAAUAACAUUAUGCUGCAUUUUUAAGUGCCGAAUUCCUAGAACAAAAAAAGAGAUUGAAGCAAGACAUGCACAGCGGAAGGCAGCAAAAACUUAUGCUGACAAACUGGAGUCUGUGCCUCCUUUAAAUGAACUUACAGAAAUACCAGGAGCAGCAACACCUGAUGCAGACAAAGAGAAAACAGAAGUUCCUAGUGUUUCUGGAAAAGUAGAUGCAGCCCAGAACAGCAAAAAGGAAACGGGAAAAGAUGCUAAGAAGAAGGAAGGAGAGAAAGGAUCUAAUCAGAAGGCCAAAAAAGAAGGAAAAGGAGGAGAUGAAGAAGACUCGGAGAAGGCAACAGCUGGGAAAAGUGGGAAAAAAGCAGGCACUUCUAAAGGAGAAGGAACAAAAUCAGAGGACAGUCCAAAGGGUGGUAGAAAAGGAGGUGCCAAGGCAGGAGGAAAACAGCCAGCAUCAAAAAAAUAAAUGUAGGAUUCUUUACCACAAUAAAACGCUGUCCUCAUGAGUACAACUUUCAUUUAUUCAUUUGGAAAGUCUACUUGUAUAUUUUAUUUGCCUUAUAUUUUCUGAAAAAUAUUCAAAGUAUUGUAGCCCCAUAUGAGACAACCUCAUCCUGGUGAAAAACUGCAGCUUUUUUUUCUAACGCAAAAUGUGUAAAUUUUUGUAUUUAAUAUAUUUAAUGUCAGUUUUUUAAAUUAUUUUUUUUAAAUUGUACAGGCUGAAAAAUACAUUUUAAUAAUUUAAUCUAGAUUUAUAUAACUCGAUGUGGCAUUUUUUUUCAAAUAAGUUAAUCAAAAUGUAAAAUGUAAAAUAAAUGAAUAAUUAAAUCUGA